CGUGAGAAAACCACCGCGGAAGUAUAUUUUCUUGGUUGAACCAGACCAGCGUAUUGUGCGAUAUGAUUUUGCGCCUCCUACUCCAUCACGGGAUUACGGAGACAUGAACCUAGUUGUGGUUCACGAGGACUGUCCGGGAGUAGAGAACAUUCCUGAGGUUAGGGGGAUGUUCCUCCAUAUUGUACUCCAUUUGAACGAUUUGCAAGGACCAUUCAUUCUUCUUCAUCAUAUGACGGGAGGAAAUAUUGAUCCCGCAAAUAGUAAUGCAGGGGAUCGUCGCAACGAUAUUCUGGAACUCGCACGAGCCAUUCGUGAGGCUAAUAAUCAGAAGGCACAGUUGCCGAAGGUUCAAGUUCCCCUCUUCGAUGGCACCAAUGCCUCAGCAUGGGCGGACAAGUUUGAACAAUUGGGCAGUUGUUGCGAAUGGUCGAGUGAGAAGAUGCUUCAAAUGGUGAAGCGAUAUUGUAUGGUCGAGUACAAAGAGGAGGUGUCGGAGUUGGUGCAAGCUUCGCGCGACUGGCCGGACUUCAAGGCCAAAUUAUUGGACAAGUCCCUGUUGGGGGAUCAACUGCUCGAUCUGGCGGACUUACGGAAGUGCCUUAUCUUCCUCGAAAAAUUUUCAGAAGUUGAGCAGCGAGAACUGAUGAAGGACAUGACGGGGCGAUACGACUGGCCAAAGAUAAAGGAAAAUCUGUUGGCUGGAAGUUUCGACCAAAUGCUUUACCGUCUCCUGAAGCAGCAAAAGGAGGACCGUGAGAAGGAAGGGGUAAGCGCGGACAAGGAUCAAGCCGUUUACAAAACCCUGACUGACAUGCGGAACAUGAUGGCGGACAUGAAAGAGGAAAGGCUAAAGCUACAGGUGAUGAUGGUCCAGACAAAAGGUGGGAAAAGGAAGGGCAAAGCACCCGUUGUGGAGGAAGUCAGUGGUAGCAGCAGUGAAGAGGAAGACGAGGAGGAAGAGGAGCCUCCUCGAAAAUUGACCAAAGCAGAACGGAAGGCCCUGAACCAGAUACGAGGAGGGCAAGGCACUAGUAAGAAGCAGCAGAAGAAUAAUGGAGGAGGUGGACAAGGAAGUAAUCAGGAACAGGCAGCUCCAGCCCCUCCUCAGCAGCCCCAACCUCAGGCAGGAGGCCGGGGCCGAGGUCGAGGUAGAGGCCAAGGCAAUGGGGGAGGCCGAGGAAAUGGAGGCGGCCGAGGCAAUUGGCAGAAUUGGUUUUGCAAGUACUGUGGCCAAGAUGGACAUGGGAUACGGUUUUGUCAGACCGUUACCAAACAUGAAAACGAUAAGGUUAUAUAUACGAAUAUCCGAGGCGAGGUCUACGACUUCGAAGGGAAUCUCAUCGAUCCCAAUGUGGCGGGAGGAAUAAGAAAGGAAGCUUUCCGACGCAUGGGGCGAGAUCUUCCAGCAACUUUUCGACUGACUUCUCCGGAAGAAGUCGAACAGAUUGAGCUGGAAGCGACGAUGGAGUCAUUGACAAUUGAGGAUGCCAAGGCCGGAGAUGAAGGGUUGAGCAAAGAGCAGGAAGAGAUACUGCAGCGAGCUCAAACAGUGGGUUGUGAUACUGGAAUCGGAGGGAAUGUGGUGAGACUCGAAUCUAAAGCGGGGCUUGAUGUCGAGAUGUUAUCCUUUGUGGAGGAUUACACCACUCCUCGACGCAGUCACAUAGAGUUUAAGGAUAUUAGAACAUAAUAAUCCUGGGUAUUUGUAAAGUUGCACGAUCGAAUGGGUUAUGGAACUCAGGUAAAGGACUUAAAUAAAAGGUUAUUGUAUUG